UUGCAUCAGACAGAGAGAUGCAGACCGAUAUGGCACCGCCACCAGCCAGCAAGACCGGUAAGAACGAGGUGCACGACGUGUUGCCCACAUGCUCCUUCCGCUUCCACUUCAUUUCCGUUUCAUUGCCUCUUUCUGACGUGCCAACGCCUGUACCUGCCUGCUUCCCUGCUGGCCUGCCAAUUCUCUUUGUCUCUCUCUCACGUCUCCCUUCUUCCUCUUCUCGCAUCAUCUCGCCCCGCUUCAUCCAUCUAUUCAGACACUUGCUGUUGCCAAUUCACACCUCAAACUCCAUCAGGCCAUCAACUGUGCUUCUUCUCCCUUCCUCACCAUUUCACCAUUCCAAACUCUGUUUCUCUUCGUCCCGCAACGCAAACGAAACUCCAGCUCCUUCGGCAUAACCCGCAAUCGGCCCACCUAGUGACGCACACAAAACGUUCCCGCGGCCAGCAGAUAAACCAAGAGCGUCGCAUACCAACGCCUCUGGGCCCAUCACAGCUCGCGCGGUUGAUCAAACGGACUCUGCAGCAUCAACGGACUCGACGGACUUCACGGUCGGACAACCACCAACGAGGAAAGCCAAAAAAGCCAACUGCUAAUAAAAGCCAGCGGCCAAGCACAAGCACAAGCACAAGCACAAGCGCCGCAUAGCUGUCUGGGGGGGGUGGUCAUCAACCCUGAACCCUGGAGCAACCCCUACCUACAUAGUGCCAACCGAAGUGUGCUAAGU